AAUCAACUUGAUUCUGGUAUUGAUCGAUUUUAUUUGCGAAAUUAUUUAUACAAACACUUGUCGCUUCUCGGCUCAAACAUGCAUCAUUAUUGAGUCAACGCGCUGGUAUAUCAAACAAACGUUAAAUAAUAAAAUAACCAGUUUCAUUUUGUUGUGUGAUAAACAUCGUACAAGUUGUCCAUUAUUUUUUUAGAAUAAAGUUGUGCAGUUGUGCGCCAGUGUUUUAAAAAAAAGUAUAAAUUCGAAAUUUGAAAAUAUGGAUAAAAUAGUUUUUGUGGUUUAUGCCACGUUUAGUUGCAUUUUAUUUGCAUCAGCUAUUGAGAUUGAUACCUAUGAUUUUCUGAUGCCCAACGUUUGGCCACACCAGGAUGAACUCUACCUAUGCACGCCCAUCAGGAUCUCGCCACACAGCAACUAUUACCUAGUGGGCUUUGAACCGAACGCGACGAUGCACACCGCUCACCACAUGCUGCUGUAUGGAUGCUCAGAGCCAGGAUCUAAUGAGUCUGUUUGGAACUGUGGUGAGAUGCAGACUAACGAAGUAGAUGCGUUGUACAAUACGGCCAGUCCCUGCCGUUCCGGAUCUCAAGUGGUAUACGCGUGGGCUCGUGAUGCGCCAAGCCUGCACCUUCCAAAGGACGUUGGUUUCCUCAUCGGCAAAGAUUCACCCAUCAAGUACCUGGUACUUCAAGUCCAUUACAUGCAUCGUUUCCCAGAGGACAAAACCGACAACUCUGGAGUUUUCCUGAAAUACACCAAGCGAAGCAUGCCCCGUCAAGCCGGCGUGUUCCUACUGGGCACCAGUGGCAUGAUCCCGCCGCACAAGGUGGAACGCAUGGAGACCGCCUGCACCAUCACUGAGAACAAGGUCAUUCAUCCCUUCGCGUUCCGUACUCACACGCAUUCUCUAGGAGUACAAGUAACAGGCUACGUAGUGCGACAAGAAGAGAACGGCGACGUAUGGACGUUGCUCGGCCGUAAGGACCCUCAGCUGCCGCAGAUGUUCUAUCCCGUAGCCAACACGCAGCCCAUCGAGCGAGACGAUGUACUGGCCGCGAGGUGCAUCAUGAACAAUACGCAUGAUUACUCUGUGAGGAUUGGAGCAACAAACAAAGAUGAGAUGUGCAACUUAUACCUCAUGUACUGGGUGGAGAACGACACCCCACUGAAACAGAAGUACUGCUUCUCUGCCGGGCCUCCCCUCUACUACUGGAACCGUGCUCGCGAAAACCUCAUCAACAUACCACCAAUGGAGAUCUAAACACUAUCCAGAUCUUUCCACAAAGAUGAUAUAAAAGGUGAGAUUGACAAAUGGUAAUGGAUAAUGAGAUUAGAAUUUCAGUCUUAAUGUGAACCUUAUUUUGUAUGUAUUAAGGUUAUAUUUGUUUUGUUGAAACGCACAUUAGGGUGACACUUCGAAUCAUUUAUUGUCGUCGUAUGAAAAUUUAGAUGACUUAAAGUUUAAUUAAACACACUAGUGUACAGUGUGGGUUAUGAAUAAUAUUUAAAAUAAUGAAAUUUAUGAAAUAACCAAAUCUUCUGAGCAGCUAUUUAAAUUAGUGUUAAGAAGUAAAAGUAAAAUAAGAGAUUUCUUAUGUUAAUUAUAACACUACUAGUGUUUGAUCCCUUUCCAGUUGAAUAUAAUUUGUUUUUACCCAACUGUUUUCCAAAGAAAGGUUAUGUUUUUAAUACGAGUCUCAAUAUUUUUGACCAAUAGAUCUGUUAAACAAUUACUAUUAAUGUAAACAAUGACAAAACUCAUUAAAAACAUAAGAUCAAAAUAGCAACAAUAGCAUAGCAUGAGUUUGCUUUACUUUGAGCGUAAUCGACGCUCUGAUUGGUUGGUUUGUUCGAGCUGGCCAAUCAGAGCGUCAAACGCGUUCUCGUAUCGAUUACUUUAAACGUAAAGUAAACUCGUACUAAGGGUGCUGAACGAAAACUAAACAUUCCAUUUUAAAGACUAUUUUUUUUUAUUAUAAUAUUAAGUUAUUUUAUUAGACAAUUUAAUGAUUCUUAAUACACGAACGAUCUGAAUUAUUUCGAAAUUCAUUUGAUUAAGACUGGAAGGGGUAGAAAAUAUUCACAAAAAAUGUGUUUUCUGUCAUAAUUAGAUAGCAUAAUAAUAUAUCAAUUAUAUUCUUAUCAAUUUUAUAGAUCUGAGUGAAUCUUAUAUGUUAAUUAAGAAAAAAUAUAUACUAACAUACUAUAUUUAUAUGUACCAUUUUAAAAAUAAACUACAUCUAGUCAAAAUCAGUAUGAAAGAUUUGAAACUUAUCGGAAUCUGAAGACAUUUUCGAAUAUUUAUUUCUUUUAAACUGUUCCAAGUUAAUCAAGCUUUACAUAAAAAAAUAUUGAUUAUUGACUGUAAAUUAGGGAUAAUCUACCCUGUUAUAGAGCUGUAUGGUAUAAAAAUCUCCGCGUCAUUCAUUCUGAACGACAAAAUAACUUGCGAAUGUAUUCAUCUCCACUAUUGUCUACUGAUUUCGCAUAAUUUAUCGUAAAAUAUUAUAAUGCAUAUCUAUGAAAAUCAAUACUAAAUAAAAGACAAAUAAUAAUGCAAAGCUAACAUAAGUUGACCUCUCUGAAGUUAGUCACAUUCAAAUGACAGAAGUAAUGCUACACUUGUAACACACUUCAGAUAGGUCAAGUUAUAUUGGCUAUAUUAUGAAAAAUCAAUAUUGACAUGAAAAUUAUCUAUUUAUACACUAUAUUAUAAAAUAUAUUUAUUGUAAAUAGUAAGAUCUACAGUAUUCUUAAGUAUAUAAUAUACGAUGAAUACUUGGUUUAAUAAUAAUUGUCUGAAUGUUUGACAUUGACUAUGGCUUCGUUUAAUGGACUUCGAUAUAUUGCGUGCAGUUGGUAUCAAUAGAAAAUGAUAGAUGGCGCUGAGUCGAUAAAAGGUUUAUUCAGUUUGUAAUUGAUCUAGAUCCAAAUACUAGUAAAUGAGCCUAUAGAAUGAUAAUGAUGAACAAUUAAAGGGCAGCUUUUGGCCAUAGGUACUAUUGAGGGGACCAAGAAAGAAAGAACAAUUAAAUAUAAAAUUUGAAUUAAUUAGUAUCUUACCUUCGUACUCAGAGUCAUUUCAUGGUUGCUCAACCCAGUAUAAGGAAUAUUUUAAGUAAUCAUUAAAUGUAUCUAAGUACGGCAGUUAGUAACUUAAAAAUAUGCUCAAUGUAUGUUGCAUUUGCCAGAAAGGAUAAGAAACUGACUUCCAAUUUAGACAGAAAUGGUCCUAUAACUUGAAAUCGCGGUUAUCGAGUGGCUCAACAACCAAAAAUGUCUCCCUUAUUUGGUCUCAAAACAAAUUGAUAUCAACUGCAAGUAAUAAAACUGUAAAUAUCCCUAGUAAAUAAUUAUAUCGACUUUAAGGUAACUUAUUCAGGUGCUUUUGUUAAUUUAUUCACGUUUUACAAAAGUUUCUGAAUGACUUAUAUUAUUUUUUGUGAGUAAUCGUCUUGUUUACUUCAUGUUGGUGACUUGUUGUAGUUAUUUUAAGUUUUAACUGUCGGUUUCACUAGUCUCCUGUACACUUAACUGAUAGAUAGAUAAAAAAAUUGUUAAGUAUGUAUUUUUUUAUUUAUCUUGUGGUUAAAGAAUAUCUAGAGAUUGUGAAACUGGCUAUAAGCGUCUUUGACACGGUCUGUAUAUGUAUUUAAUACGUACAAAAAUUGCUUACUGAAAUUGGAUUGUAGUUAUAUGUAUAUAAGGCUUAAAUUCCUUUGAAUUGUCUAUUAAAGGUAUCAACAGAUGUUUUGCUAAAGACAAAUAAAAUAAAAGUUGAAAAGAGACAGGUAAUUCUGUACGAGGAGAAAGAGGAGAGAGAGAGAGAGAGAGAGAGAAUGAGUAGGGAAUAGAAGAAGGUAAUUAUACCUAGUUCCAAAGUAGAAUAAAAGGGAACGAAAAAAAAUCACUUAACCCCAAGAAACACAAGAUCCUUAGUACGAAUUUGCUUUACGUUUAACGAAAACGAAAAGAAGCACGUACAGCGUUCUGAUUGGUCGCUGCAAAUGAACCAACCAAUCACAGUGCCGAACGCGCACUCGUUUUGAUGUCGUUUAACGUAAAGUCUGUAUACUAUGCGUUCCGUGUCAACGUAGCUUUAAAGUACUUGCUUUACAAUUAUUUUUUGGUGUUUUUUUAAUAGCAUAAUUUUAUCUUCAUAAUAAACAUUUUAAAAUUAUUUUUCCUAUUGAAAAAUCUGACAGAAAUCGAAUAUUUUUUUAGUUAAUAUUUAACUAUAGAAUAUAAAAUCUGACUAUUUAUUUUUCUUUAUAUUUCUCUACUAUCUAUUGAUAUUGUAUGAGAAUUUUAGAUAUUUAAAUGUAAUAAAGACAUAUUAUGCAUAGACUGUUUCAUGAGAUAUAAAAGUGCUUUGUAUAAGCACACAAAAAAAUUAAAAUAAAGUUAUAGUGAUGACUAUCGUAUUUGAGCUGACUAGAUGGCGCUGAAAUAACAUUCUUAAAUCUUGUAUAGCCAAUAGCGCACAGUAGCUCUCAAAAGUUUUAUGUUGAAUAGUGUGACACUAGCAAUCGUCUAUGGCACUACAGAACAUCUAGUAUGAGUUUGCUUUACAUUUAACGAGAUUAAAACAAGCGCGCGUUUGGCUCUCUGAUUGGCCGGUGCGAAUGAACCAACCAAUCAAUACCUCUACCAUGAGUUUGAAGCAAUAGUAUUUGUCGAUAGUCGCUAGCGACGACGUAAAUAUUUUGUAUGGCAAAUUUAGCAACGCCUCUACCGGUCACCCGUGGAACUAAAAUCGAGUAUCGACAAAAACUAUUGUAGUAAACUCAUGGUAAAGGUACUGAGCGCCGGACGCUAAAGCAAACUCGAACUUAUAGAGCAGAACUUAAGUGUCAUUAUUGCCUCUAAUUGUUAAUUCAACUGCGAUAGUAAUCAUUAUAACUUGAAUACUAAACAUAAUAAUUUAUUGUUGUAACCUCCUUUAGUAAUAAUUCCUAAUUUAAAUUCGAAUUUUAUGUAUUUAUCUAUUUGCAACCUUAUUUGUUUGAACUUAAGUCUUAUAAUUGAACAUUCCUUGAACUGUGUUAGCACAAAAUUCAUUUAUAAAUGUGAUGAAUUAUUAUAUUUAUUGUUGUGAAAAUAUUUAUUUGUAUUGUAAUAGUCCCUGUGUCAAAUUUACUGUUGCUUUAAAGGGCAUUUUAAUAUAUUUUAAACAUUCCAAUGUUAUAUAUUAC